AUGUCGCUGAGCUCGUACACUUCAAGUUUCCAGAUUUAUAUCAAAUCGAAAUCAAUCAGAAUCGAACUAGCCGAAUCAGAAUCAAUUUACUAUUUCAACCACGAUGAACAUAUCUCCCCAAACAAAUCUGAAAAUGAAUCGGAUCUAAUUAUAGAUACUCCACCAAAAUUCUUGACAACCAAUAAGGUGUACAUCAUUGAUUCAGUAAGUUCAGGUACAGGAAGACCCAAGCAAAAAGAUUUCCAUGAAUUGGUUCUUGCACCAUUGCUUCACGCUUUAGGUGUCGAAUUCACAUAUAUAAAAACCACUUCACCAGAUUCAAUUGAAAAUUUUGCACAUUCAUUGCCUCACAAAGACUCGUUUGUUUUCUUUCUCAGUGGUGAUACUUCUGUAAAUGAAUUCAUCAAUAAACUAAACCAAAACCCGGAAGAAAACAAAUCCAUAGUGUUGUUCCCCAUUCCAAUGGGUACUGGAAACAGUUUUGCCCUUUCCUUGGGCAUUACCAAUCCACUCAAGUCUUUGGUCCAAUUAUUAGCAGCAACCGCUAAGCCAGCACCAUUGAAUUUAUACAAUGUUUUAUUACCACAUGGCUCAUACAAAUUGGUACAAAAUGAAAAGAGUCCUUUGCCUUCAAAUAGUUUGCAAUUUCUUGUGGUAUUUUCCUGGGCUUUUCAUGCGAGUCUUGUUGCAGAUAGUGAUACUCCAGAGCUACGCAAGCACGGUCUUGAAAGAUUUAAAAUGGCCGCAGAGAGUAACUUAAAACGGCCACAAAUUUAUAAUGGAGAAACUACUUUUUACAAAGAAAAAGAAAAUAAAGAAAAUGAAGAAAAUGAAGAAAAUGAAGAAAAUGUUGGUAAAGAAAGUGAUGACAAAGAGCGGAGGCAAACAGGAAAGUACAAGGAAAUCUCAAUACCGGGCCCAUACGCGUACUGGCUAGUGACUCCUGCUCAAAAAUUUGAACCGACUUUUGAAAUCUCGCCAAAUGGCAAUAUCCUCGAUGAUAGUUUGUACCUCAUAGCUUUCAAGUCAAAGCCUAAGGAUGAUAGUUAUAUCAUGGAUAUCAUGAUGCAAGUCUACGACAAAGGAAAACAUACAUUGAAUCCGGAUGUUCAGUAUACAAGGAUUGAGAGAAAGGACUAUUUGAGAUUGUCGAUUAGUGGUGCAAGUGAUACUCUUCAAAGACGCUUUUGUAUCGAUGGAGCUAUACUUGUAGUACCAGAAAAACUGGAAAUCGUUAUCAAGUCUACAGGAAAUCAUUUCCAUGGCUGGGAAUUACAAACUAUUCAAAUUUAA